UGAAUGCUCCAAUAAAACUUGCCCCAGGCUCCAUUUUCCCUAGAUAUAGACUUCUGCUGCUUAUCAGUACUUGAAACAUGGCCAAUCACCAGGCCGGCUUACCGGAUGACCAGAGCGGGCACUGCAACUUCACUGCAUCCUAUAUGUUCUGCCAGGCUGUGAGAGAUCACAAGCCCGUGUGGAUGCUGGAAGACAUGAGGACCACGGAAUAUUUCCACUGGGAGCAAGAUGCCAGCUCGAAAAUGUAUUCCCCUUCGGAAGCCCUGCUGUGUGCCGUGGAGCACGAUCACCUGCCUUACGCCCAGUAUCUGCUGUCCCGUUUUCCAGCGGAAGCUCUCAAAGUCCCCGGAGGACAUUUCUGCUAUUGCCCGCCCUCUGCCCCUCACCUGGCCAUGGCUGUCAGGCAUGACAGGAGAUACAUGUUGGGGCUGAUCGUCAGUAUCGCAAACAAACGGCCUAGUUUGACCUCCUACAUCGAUAGAGCCGGCUGCGUUCACCUGGAAGAUGGCAAGACCCCUCUGCAUCUCGCCUGUCAGCUCCUGAGGUCCGACAUAGUCCUCAUCCUCCUAGGAAAUGGGGCCUCUCCCAGGAUAGAGGACAGGGACGGUCUCACCCCGCUGGAUGCCAUCCUAGAGCAGAUGUGGGGGUCCAGAGUCGAUGUAGCAACCAAAAAACUCUGCCUCGAUUACCUCUUGCUAUUCAUGCCGAAUCCCCAGUUCCAGAUGGGCAAGUUUCUACGAGAACAUCCAGAACGCUGGGCACUUCUGCUAGGGGAGGACAAGUUCAACAGCCUGGUGGGGAACAUACCUGCGUCCUUAUGCCUGCAAGCCAUGCAAACCAUUCUCCAGACUCUCCCCCCCUCCCAUUUUCCCAAAAGCGUCCAGGAACUCCCUUUACCUCAAAAACUGAAGCUUCUGCCUUGUAUGGGCAAACAGCUUCCAACAGAAAAAAUAUUGUAAAUGGUUCUCUCUAAUUCUUAAAAAAGAAAAAUGUCAUAUUUCA